AUGGAAGGAGACGAGCUCACACAGAAUAUCGAGCAGUGGAAAAUAAAGCGACUGAUUGAUAAUCUGGACAAAGCCCGUGGAAAUGGGACAUCCCUGAUCUCACUGAUCAUCCCUCCUCGAGAGCAGUUGCCCAUCAUCAACAAAAUGAUCACUGAAGAAUAUGGAAAGUCAUCUAACAUCAAAUCAAGAAUCGUCAGACAGGCCGUUCAAAGUGCUCUCACCUCCACAAAAGAGCGUCUCAAACUUUAUAAUAACAGGCUCCCAGCAAACGGUCUAAUUCUGUAUUGUGGCGAAGUUAUCAACGAAGAAGGAGUCUGCGAGAAAAAGUAUACGAUUGACUUCCAGCCAUACCGAGCCAUCAAUACCACUCUUUAUAUUUGCGAUAAUAAAUUCCACACACAGCCACUCAAAGACCUCUUGGUCAUGGACGACAAGUUCGGCUUUAUCAUUAUUGAUGGUAAUGGAGCCCUUUUUGGUACUCUCCAAGGUAACACAAGAGAAGUCUUACACAAGUUCUCAGUUGAUCUUCCAAAAAAGCAUAGAAGAGGAGGUCAGUCAGCGCUUCGUUUUGCCAGGCUUCGUAUGGAGUCCAGGAACAACUACCUCAGAAAGGUCGCUGAGCAAGCCGUAGUGCAAUUUAUUUCAUCAGAUAAAGUUAACGUAGCAGGACUUAUUGUGGCUGGUUCAGCUGAGUUCAAAAACGUGCUUGUGCAAAGCGACUUGUUUGACCAGAGACUGGCUGCCAAGGUGCUGAAAAUAGUGGAUGUGGCGUAUGGAGGAGAAAAUGGGUUCACUCAAGCUAUUGAGCUCUCAGCAGACACCUUAAGCAACAUCAAAUUUAUCAGGGAGAAGAAGGUUAUGAGCAAGUUCUUCGAAGAAGUCGCACAAGACACCAAGAAAUACUGCUACGGAGUCGAAGACACAAUGAAGUCCUUAAUCAUGGGAGCUGUUGAGGUCAUUCUUUUGUUCGAAAACUUGAAUUUCACGAGGUAUGUGCUGAAAAACCCGACAACUGGGGUCGAAAAGACGCUUUACCUGACCCCUGAACAGGAAGAAGACCAUGGCAAUUUUAUGGAAAACGGUGAAGAGCUAGAAGCGCUAGAAAAAGGUCCACUGCCUGAGUGGAUUGUGGAUAACUAUAUGAAGUUUGGGGCUGGGCUGGAAUUCAUUACUGACAGAAGCCAAGAAGGAGCCCAGUUUGUAAGAGGAUUCGGAGGACUCGGCGCAUUUUUGAGAUACCAGGUGGAUAUGGCUCACUUGAAUGCAGGAGAAGAAGAGCUUGAUGAAGAGUGGGAUGACGACUUCAUGUAA